AUGCUGCGCCGAGGAGCGGGCGCCUGGGCUCCCUGCUCCCGGCGACCGCGGCGCGCUGCCUCCGCCGCCCGCUGCCCGCGGCGAGGACCGACGAGAAUUGGGGACUCGUUUGUUUGGGUGCGGGGAUCACAUAAACAGCUUCCUCCGAAGCCUGGUAAAUGGCUUGAUGAUUGGUCGCUAUUACUCGCCCUGAGGUGGAAGGGGGGAGACUCUUUAAAGUGCGUCAGAGGGAGGCGAGCGCCUGGGAACCCGGAGGCCUGGAUCCCGGCCGAGAGUGGAACGGAGUCGGCGCCGCUGGCCCGGCUGAGCCUCCUGCCGCCCGCCCGCCCGCCGGCCCCGACCUCUCCGCGCCUUCGCCCCGCGCUCCGAGUUCUCUCGCUCCGGCGGCGCCCGCUGCGGCUUCUCUCCUCCUCUUUCGCCUCCUCCUCUUCCUCCGGUUUCUUCUCCUCCUCCUCUUCCUCUUUCUUCUCCUCCUUCUUUUCUUCCUCCUCCUCUUUCCCCUCCUCCUCCCCCUCAGCCACCGCCUCCUCCUCUACCAGCACCACUCCCUCCGGGGCACCGGGGUCCCUGCAGAUUCCCCGGCCCGUGCUGCCUCACCGCGGCCCCCUGGACCCCGAGCCUGCUGCGCUGGAGCCGGUCGGACAGACGGACGGACAGACACGCAGAUUCCUCUCGCCCUGCGCUCUGCCCCUGCUGCCCGCCGCGGCCCGCGUCGGUGGAGCCGAGAUCGCCCGGAGUUCUGCGAGGAUCAGAAGCCAUUGCCUGUGGCCCUGUACUCAUCGAGUCCUGGAAAGGAAGCUAGGAAAGACCUCCGCGGUCCACCAUCAUAAGCAACUGAGAGGUCGCCAAGAUGGGAAAAGGACAUCCAGCUUCGGACGCUUCGGCCACUUCAGUGUUGUAUUCGAAUUCAAAUUGCUGAAAAAAGCCAAGGGUGAGAGUCAGAACCACAAAAGGACCCUCAGUGAGGUCCCAGCACUCUGAAUCAGGUCCAGAUCCUGCUGCCUUUCCACCGCCAAAUUUACAGGCUUCCAAAGUUACUGUGGCCCUCACUUUAUCAUGGAGUUCAUGUGCUUCUCGAGUCAGGGUCAAGUCCUUGUCUUCUCAUGGCACAAAGGCCCUAGAGAUCUUAUGAACCAGUCCUCACCAAGAUCUUGCUUGGCAUCAUCAAUAAAACAUCCACCUUUCGAACUCGGGCCAUUAAAACUACUUUGACAAUUUACUUUGAGGGAACAAUACUAACAUUUUCCUACAGGGCUCAAAAGGUAACUAAAAAUUAGAGAGAGCAGAAAAGAGGUACUUCGUUUACCUUUCAUUUUAAAAUAUAUAGCCAUCUCUUUUAUACCCUCAGUCACAGACUUUUCAUGUUUUUGCCUGGCAAUUUCUUUGGAAAGUUGGCUGGAUGGGAAAAUUUGAUGAUAAUUCUGUCUAACCGGGGUCACCACUCAAGCAGUUCCUACAUAUGGACAAUUCCUGAAGAUUCCUUCUUCCUCUCCUCCAUGGUGUGCUGCAGAAGGAGGCCCUCACCGGAAGCCAGGACAAUGCCAGCACCAUGGUCUCGGGCUUCCAGCUGCCAGAACAAUAAAGCAAAAUAAACCACUUUCAUUUACAAA